CUGAAUUGAGAAAGUCUGCUUCAUUUAGUUCUUUAUCAGAUAUUGGAAUUGGAAUUGAUUGUAAUUUCCACCGACUGAAAAACUGCCAGGAAAAGAUUCGCCUUUCCCAGCUUUGAAUAAGAUAUAACUUGAUAAGUUCCAGGACAAAAGAAAUUUUGCAAAUGUUUCGAGUUUGAUCCAGUUGUCGCAGUGUGAGAACGUUGAAAAGUUCCUUCUAAACAGAGAAGAAUGACGCAAUUAGAUGUACAAGAAAAUUUCUCAGCCAGCAUGAAGGAACUUCGGAUAAAACUGUGUAGUCGUUUAGCAAAGUGCUCACGCUGAUUAUUGAGGUUCAUGGCAGUUAUAACGAGUGCGAAUGAAGUAGCCAGCAGUGCUAUUUUCCUUUUGGCAUUCCGUUUCCUAUGGAUGAUAAAUGCCGAGACAAUAGCGAAGACACCGGAAUAUUGUUUCCGCCGUGAUCAAGGGAAUCCACAAUACUUCAAAAAUGAAUCAUGGCAGACGACUAACCUCGGGGAACUUCUUCAGCAAAUGCUGCAGUGCUACGAUUCACGAGUUAGAGUUGAACACGGAGGAAGAGGGAAUCCUACAGAGGUCCAUGUCAGCAUGUACAUUUUGUCCAUUGGGAAUUUCCAAGUUCGCGAUAUGGAUUUCCAACUGUCGUUUUACUUCAGACAACAAUGGCAGGAUGCUCGGUUAGCUUAUAAGAACCAUUUCCACGAAGAAAAAAUUACUUUGGGAGGAGCAAUCCUAAAACAACUUUGGCUUCCACAGACCUAUUUUGUCAACAAAAAGGGGGCCAGCGCAAGUACAGAUGCCAAUUUUUUUGUGCGAAUUUUUCCCGAUGGAUCCGUACUUGUGAUCACUAAAAAUACUCUGACAAUGGACUGCUACAUGGAUUUAAGAAACUUCCCGUUUGAUGUCCAGAAGUGCAACUUGACUUUGGAGAGCUUUGGAUUUACCACUAAAGAUGUGGUUUAUAAAUGGGUUUCGACGGACAGCAGCGAAGCAGUGGAAAAGGAUCCAGGGCUUACAACAUCAGAGUUUGAUAUUGGUCCUAUAAGAAUAUUCGAAUCCACUACGAUGUAUAAAACAGGGCUGUUUUCUGGUCUAAAAAUGGAAUUGAAUUUCCAACGAAGAUCUAUUUAUUAUCUGAUUCAAAUCUACGUGCCAAGUGCGAUGAUCGUGGUUCUCUCGUGGAUCUCCUUCUGGAUUGACAACCAGUCGAUUCCCGCCAGAACGGCGCUUGGCAUUACCACUGUGCUCGCCAUGACAACACUGCUAUUUGGUGUCCAGUCUUCUCUGCCCAGUGUGCCGUAUAUAAAAGCUGUAGAUCUGUUUAUGAUUGUAUCAUUUGCUGCUGUCUUCGUUGCACUGGUGGAGUUUGCGGUUGUUAAUUAUACAAGCAUGCGUGAGAAGGAACAAAAGGAAUCAAGAGCCACGAAAAAUAAGUAUACUGUGAACCCAGACGUUGUUAUGCUAAACUUCCGCAAUUUGUCUUACGAGGGCGACGGAAAAGGUGAACAUCAUAUGCAAAAUGGCGUCGCCCACAACGGUACUGUGAACGAUAUUGAGAACGACAACGCUGAUGUUCACAAGAUGGAAGAACUACACAGUAACGGUACCAUUGGUGAACACGCGCCACGUGAUCGCAAAGAUUCGUCGCGUGAUCUGUCGCAUGUCUUUGAACCUUCUCGCCCGAACAAGUGUCGCUGGCGAUGUAAAGUUACAGCCAAUGGAAUAGACGCUUGGUCACGUAUUCUGUUUCCUUUGGCGUACGGACUUUUCAUUGUAGCUUACUGGAUUAUUUAUUCAGCAAAUACGGAGAAAAGUUCCUGAUCUGUGUCUUUUGACAAACAAACAAUUUUAAAUUCGCUGAGCUUCUCAUGUCCUUACACAUAUGCGGAAAGAACAGAGCAAAUCAACAUGACUCAAAAAUAACUUUUAAGUACGAAAUUAAAGGUAAACUGAAAAGAAUAACAAAAAGAAUACCUUCUUCGCCGGGUAUUCUCCGUCAUUCACUCGUUCGUUAUUUUAUAGCUGUGAAAAUUCAAGGCACCGUUCUUGGAAAAAGAUUUAAAUCACGUUUGAAUUGUCCCAUAAAUUUCAAAUUGAUUCUCUCUCUCUGACAAAUGGGAUAGGUAUAUAGUUAUUGUACGUGCACGACGCAUUUAAGAAGUCGUUUUGAAAAUUUUCUGACCUUGGAAUUUUCCAGGUUUUUGAAGUGUGAAACUUGGGAGUUUUGGAAAAUAAU